AUGGCGACCAGCAACCCACCACCCGAACCCUCGGCCUUGUCAUCUCUGAUCUCCUCGUCAGGCGCCAAAUCAGCCUCCGAGUCACUGCCCCUCGAAAUUCUGCACAACCUGCAAUAUCAGCACAAUUGGACCGACUUGAAGCGCCAUAUCAUCUGCCUAAACACCUCAUCAACCUCGACUCCCAGUCCUACCGACUCCGUCGACGGCCUUGGUCCGGAUCAUGCGCGCCAUCCACACCCACAUCAACAUUCACCCUCCUCGUCGGGCUCAUCCACACCCUCCACCUCUGCAUCAGGUGAGACGGCGACUCUGAUUUCUGGCCUCCCUCCACGCCACAGCUAUGUGCACCCAGAUCUUCAAAAUCACCUUGUCCGACAUUCCAUCGACGAGAGCUCCAUCCCCGUGCGCCGCGAGUUUGUGCUGCCAUUGUCCCUCAGCGAGACGUGGACGCUUGGUCGAUUCUGUGCGGUAUUUGACCAACUGCCGGAGCGUGAUGUGGUCGUGGUCAGCGUGCAAGCUCCGAGCGACAAUGGCAGACAGUCACGUAACGGAAGCGGCAAUGCGAAUGGCAGUCUACACGGCAGGCCGACAGCGUACGAGCAUCAUGACCAGAAACGAGUGCUACUAGGUAUGAGAGCCAAGACAGGUGGCGGCGGAGAUGGCACCGUUGUCUACUACAUCAUGCAGCAAGGGGAGGUCAAGCCGCGACAGAACGGUUGA